CCGCAGCACACCUGAAGCGCGGCGAGUCCUUGAUGCAUUCCUCGAACUCUACCGUCAUGGCUGCGGCGAGCGGCGCUCACUGGACCGAGGACCACGACGCGUCGAGCGGCAUCCCCGGCCGGUAGAUGGUCCGUCGCACCCGCGCAGCGCUCCGCGCCCGCCCGCCUCGGAAUGAGGCCGGCUCGCCGCUGCCCCGCCCCGCCUGUCACCGCUGGGGAGCGUCGCCAAAGUCUGCUGCCGCUAGCACCACCCGCUGUCACUUUCGGGGAGCGUCGCUAAAUGCGCCGCUGCACUCAGUUGCCUGUCACUGCCCUCUGUCCUCAGCCACCAGGGUCAGGGAGCUGGGCCGGCCGCGGCAGUUGCUGCGAUAAAGGGAAGGGCGCUGUUCACCCACUUAAGGCAUCCUUGCAAUGGUUAAACUCAGGGAAUUUACGAAAAACAUUUGCGAGCACUAGGUCAGAACGCGUAAACAGACACAUUCUGGAAGAAAGGGACGGCGGUGGGAAGAUCGGGAGUGAAGGAGUGAACAAAUUAAGGAGGACACUGGUGCGGAAUCAACCCGUCACCGCGCCCUUGUGAGGCAGAGGACUGUGAGCCCCGUCGGGCCCAGAGGACAGCACUUCGCACCCGCUCCCUAAACUUGGUCCCGCCUCCGUUUCUCGGUCCCGGCGGCCGGGCGGGGUGAGCCGAGUGAGUGCGCAGGCGCCGUUGCAGCUGGACAGGGCGGACCGCGGGCCACGUGCAACCGCCCCGCCCUCCAGCUACUCCACCAUGAGUUCCUGCGGAGCUGUGGGUUCUGUGCGUGCGCGAUACCUUGUGUUCUUCCAGUACUUGGGCACUGACUUCAAUGGGGUCGCGGCCGUGAGGGGUAACCAUCGCGCUAUUGGGGUGCAGAACUUCCUGGAGGAGGCCGCCAAGAGGCUGAACUCGGUGGAACCUGUCAGGUUUACUAUCUCCAGCCGCACUGAUGCCGGAGUGCACGCCAUGAGCAACGCGGCACACCUGGACAUCCAUCGCCGCUCAGGCCUGCCGCCUUACUCCCCAGAGGUCGUGACCCAGGCCCUCAACACCCAUCUGAAGCACCGGGCCAUUCGCGUACUGAAGGCCUUCCGAGUGCCCAAUGACUUCCAUGCUCGCCAUGCAGCCACCUCCAGAACCUACCUAUACCGUCUGGCCACAGGCUGCCCCUGGCCUGAUCAGCUGCCUGUGUUUGAACAAAAUGUAUGCUGGGCUCUUCAGACAAAGUGCCUGGAUGUGGCUGCCAUGCAGGAGGCUGCCCAGCACCUCCUGGGGACACAUGAUUUCAGUGCUUUCCAGUCUGCUGGCAGCCCAGCCACAAAUACUGUGCGCACUCUACAAAGAAUCUCCGUGUCUUCUGGUCCAGCCAGCCCAUUUGUCCUCCCCCAGGAGAACAGGAGGCUGCAGUUCUGGACACUGGAGUUUGAAAGCCAGUCUUUCCUAUAUCGACAGGUAGGCUAUACCUGUGACCAUCUCAGCUCUCUGAUGCAGGUACGGAGGAUGACAGCUGUGCUGGUAGCUGUGGGGCAAGGGACUCUGACACCCACACAGGUGAAAGCAAUUCUGGAGAGUCAAGAUCCCCUGGGCAAGUAUCAGGCUCGAGUUGCGCCGGCCCAUGGCCUGUUCUUGAAGUCAGUGUUAUAUGAUGACUUUGGUAAGAGGGGAUGGGAUUGGAAAGAGCUGGGUUCUCACUGAGGGGAGGGAGCUUUUGGAGACAGUCAAACCCCCCAUUGUACUAGGUGAGAAUCCAAGCACUAUCAGUGGGGAAAAGGACUUCAAUUAGGGAUCAGUGAUCAAAAAGCAUGGUGGCAUGGAUUGAGUGGUCCACAGGGUCAGAUUUUAGGGGGUAAGUGGGGUUCUGGAUGAAACUGUAGGAAUUCUACUCUGACCUAGGGUCUAUCCAUAGGUCCUACAUCCUGAGCCCUGUAAGGUCCAAUGUGGAAACCCAGCUGACUGUACACUCUGGAAGUGAAGAGCCAUACAGCAUACUAAGUCUGGCUGUCAGCCUUGUCCAUUUACUACACUCAGCAGAGAUUAAUCCACAGCUAUGUGGGGCUCUGGUAGUCCUACCUACCUUCCAGCAGCUCCCACAUCCCCAAUCUUUCCACUGUGGACAUCCCUUUGUCACUAAAGGAUGGGGUACCAGGCAAGAAACAGCUGUAAGCACCCUAGUAGCCUCUGGUUCUGCUUUUCUGGGAGCCCCAUCUUCUUGGGGCAAGAGAGUAGGAAUAAAAGUCAUAGCGAACAAAAAGGCCUGUUUAUUUCUUUAGCCAGCCUGUGACUCUGGUCUUGUCCCUAGGACAGAGUCUGUGGCCCAAUUAUGGUUUCCAUUUACUCAGGGCACCCACCUCCCAAAGCCAAAUCCCUGGUCCUUCUGCUGGGCAAACAGCAAGAGACGGAGUGAUCGGUUGCUGGUGGUUAUAUGUCAGCUGGGUGCCUGGGGGAGGCCAUUUUUGAGCAGUGCUGUGAGAAAGCUUCCCAGCUCUUCAUCCUAGAAGGGAUGAGGGAAGCACAGUUUCCCACAGACAACACAAUACCAAGAAAAUGAGGUCUACAGGCAUACCGUUGAUGCACAUCCUCCUUACCUGGUAGGUCCAGGAGACCAGUAGUACCUUAGUACCAGGG